AUGAGUCGGUCUCAACGUGAGCUCUACAUCGAGCAGCGCUCGUUUGGACAGUAUGAUGCUAUCGAUUUCUUUGAUUUCUGUGCUUUCUCUUCGGACAAAAUGCCUGAAGCCGUCUUUCAAUGGAAAUCGAUCAUCCUACCUUAUGUCCAACAAAAAGAUCCAGCCCAGCACAAGCGUCUUCUCGUGUCAUGGGAAGAAUCAAAGCAAACCCGACAGAAAUAUUGGGACACGAAACAGAAGGAGGAGAAACGGGAUGCGCAACUCGAUGAUCAUAUUGAUCACAUUCGCAAUGACGCGAUAGAACAAACACAACACGUUUCCGCUUCUAUCACACGGGAUGUUGGCAAGCGACUCCAAGGCUCCAUUGCUACCGUGCAGGAGAACAGGAUGUCCGAGGCCUCACCCCCGACAUGUGUACCGAGAGGGAAGGCAUCCCUGGAAACUCAUCUCUCGGAUCUUGAAGUGUGCCCACCUUAUAACAACACAUCAACAACGUCCCCCAUCUCGCCGCCACAUACCUCAACAGUCACCGGACAAGGAAGCUCGACUCUAGAGACGUCUCCCGCUACAUCGUCAUCCUCAACAUCAGCACCAUCGACCUCAUAUGAGGAGUCCGCGGAUCCUUCAGAGUCAGAGCAGCUGUUGGAUUGUGAUCGUGAGGAGCUAUUACGCAGUGUUGAAGAGUCCAGUCGUCAUCUGUGCGACUGGAAAGUCGAUGACGCAUGCUUGGCAUGCCUCUUCACGAACUACAGACGAUCUUGCAUCAACGCGCUUGUCGCUCGUGAGAUCAUAAAAACGGAUAUUGCCGAUCUCAUGGCCGUCAUCGGCGUUUUUGCCCCAACCUUGCCAACGACACGCAUGCUCGAGGUCUUUUCACAACGGCAAUUGGAAAAGGCCCUCGGGCCAAAGCCAGAGUUGCCAGAGAUCGAUAUUGACGAUGCCAAGAUCAUGAAGGCUGUCAGGUUGUAUCUGAACGACAGGGGUGAUGAGGCUGAGAUGCCAUCGAUGGCUGGAAACAAGAAACUGAGAAUCAUGCUAGAGACCCUAUUGGAAUAUCUGCCUCUAGAUGAAGACAGGACAAUAUCCGAAUGCACCUUCACAGUCAAGUACGUCGCUUCCAUCAUUCAAGCAUAUAUGGAUGGCGACGGGAUUACCUGCGACUUUCCAAACACAAACUCCACUACACAGAAGCAGCAGAACCUUCGAGCCGAUCGACCAGACAUACGGGCCAUGCUGUCGGGACGGGAGGUACUCUGGGGAGAGAUUACUGGCCCUACGCAGACGGGUAACAAGGCCAAGAAUCUCUGGGAUACAUUCAAAUUGGUGAGAUUUGGCAAAUCUUUUAUUGCCGACGGAAACGACCAUGCGCCACUUGUUCAAGUUAUCGGCAGCCAUGGAACGUAUAUGAGGGUGUUCAUUAAAGUGAGAGGCGUGAUGGUGCUGGAGCAGGUUGGAACAUUUACCGUUCCAACCUCCAAGGCAAUGGUUCCCUCCCUUGUAGCGACGUUGCCCACAUUGGAGUUGUUGAAGGAGGUUGUCUUCCGCUUCACUGUUGCAUAA